AUGCACUCGUCCUUCACCCGCAUCCAAAACGUCUUCGGCUUCUUCACAACAGUCGCCUGCGUCCUAGCCGGCUUCAUCGCCGCAACCGACCUCCUCGCCGCCCGCAACCCCAGCGGCACCCUCAUCCCGACCAACAUCCAAGUAGUCAAAGGCCGCCCUCACUACUACAGCAGCAAAAAGGAAGAAUACGCCAUCAUCAAGUUCUCCCUCGACGCAGACCUCUCGAGCCUCUUCACAUGGAACACAAAGCAGCUCUUCGUAUACGUCACCGCCGAUUGGCCCUCCGCCGAGGGCCAGAACGCUACAAACUCAGCCGUAAUAUGGGAUAGCAUCAUCACGAACCCCAGCGCUGACCACCUGCGGAACAUUGGGCCCAUUGCCAUGAAGAAGCUCAAGCGCAGCGCGGAAGGCAAGACGAUUGAUCCCAGCCGGUGCGUUCUCUUUUUUUUCCCCUCCCUUGCCAUACCUGACAAUGAUCUUUGUGGUCAGGAAGAAACAAAGGUUGCAAAACAAAGAAAAGCUAACAGUCGGUACAGUGGCCUUCUCAAACUAAACAACCAGCGACCAAAGUACCAAAUCACCCAUCCUUCCGGCAAGAUUGCCAGCGUCAACGAUGUGACCCUUAAGCUGCAUUAUAAUGUCCAGCCGUGGGUUGGUCUGCUUACGUGGAACAUGGACAAGGUUAUCGGGCGGUGGUUCCCUAUAGAGAAGGGCGUGAGCGAAAAGUUUGAGUUUCCAGCCGUAAAGACCAAGGAUGCGAAGAAGGCCAAGAAGGCCUAG